AUCUAACAUGCCUGAGGCAGCUACAAUGUGCAGAGUAUAUAAAGCUGGUACCUGCCCAGCUAGAGGGCAUGCUCUCUUCUUAUUCAUCUCAGUGCUCUUAAUUGAAUUUUACGUUCAUUCCCUCAUCCACCUUCAUUUCUCCAUUACAACACCGCAAAGCACAAGUCAGUGACUGCUCUUACGAACACAACGGCAGCAAGAACAAAGAAAAAGAAAAACAACAGAACGCAUAUCUUGAACUUCACAAGUUCAACGGCAAACAUGGCUGCCGUAGACAACGCCAUUAUUCGCAACAGCUCCCCCAAGGAGCUGGCGCGAUAUUUCCAGGAACUAUUGGCGUCUAGUGACUGGAAAGCGAUAUCCGACCAUAUUUACGCACAUAUUGGUUUAGGAUCCCUUGUGCCUACAGUGGUACAUGUGUUCCUCUCUGUUUGCAAAGAGCCAGAUGCCAUUGCCGCCUCUAUUCACCAGAAUGUUUCUUCUCUUGCUCGACGGGUGGCCAUCAACCUUUUCACGAAGAAACUCCAGUCAGACUCAUUCUCCGACAUGUGGAUUGCCAUGGGCGGAAUCCAAGGUCUGCUGAAGUUGGUAUCUGAAAUGUCGGUCGAUGAAGUCAGACUACUUUGUCGAAACUUGGGGAAAACCAAUACUACGAAGGGCCCAGUUGAGGAGCGUCAGCUAUGUAUAUCCGGCCUAUAUAAAGCGCUUCAGAAUACUACCGGGGAAGAUGACAGUGUAAACUUCAAUCCCAGCACCAGCAUCAGACCCCUUGGCACAGUCUUCGACAAGAUCAUCCCUGCUUGCACAGCAGACAUCGUCCUGGAAUCUGUUUCCACCAGCCGACAGCCUCGGAAGUUGAUUUGCCGUGUGCAAAUCAAAUACUAUCAACGAGAGUUCCUUGCCGCAGUCUUCCCAGAGAAGGGAAACGAGAAAAAGAUCACGUCGUACCAGUUUGUGCUCAAGAGCAGUGACAUCUGGUUCUCUCUUACAGUCCUGGAAAGAUUGACAGUGGCUCCUGAUUCCCUGAAAAGAAAUGCAGAAAACCUCAUCGAGGAACUGAUCCGUCCUUUGGCCAAACGUCUUUUCCAUCGAAGAGAAGCCGUGAAUGUUCAAAUCAAGUUCUACCGCCUCCUUACACAGGUGAUAGAUAUGGAACCUAGUGUUGCCGACAAACUGGACCAUAACAUCAUCUAUUACGCGGCUCAAGCAUGGGAGCGUGCCCAUGAGAAACAGGAGACCAUGGAACAACUUCUAACGAAACUAGUCUGCCUCAUGAAGCCGAAGCACAACUGGACAUUUACGCAGAUAAUACAACAGCUACAGCAGGUUAAAUGUAAACUGCGCUUCCCGCUGUUGCGACUAUUACUCCAAAGUGCCAGACCUUUUGAGAUCAACAUUGACUUCCCCUCCACCACUGACAAUGAAAAGCUCAAGUCCCUCAAUCAAUCCUGGCCUUGUAGACUCUUUUACCUACUUCCAAAGGAUGAGUCUCUUCGCCUCUUUCGAUAUCUAAGGGAGAUUUACGUGAAGGGAAACUUUCUUUCCAUUAAGACUGAUCGUGGAUACCAAUAUUGGUCAACCCGUGUCGAUAAUGAUCACUAUGCAUCUGAUGAUCCGGAUGUCUUCUUUGCCCUCCUGAACUCAUGGCACAUGAGCGAUUUCCAAUACCUCAGCGAGACCCGCCGUGUCUUAAAACAUAGGAAAUCUAAAGCAGAAGCUGCGCAAGAUGCAGAGGAUAGGGCUGGUUGGGCUCACUCUGCUGUUAUCAUUUCCAUUGCAUCCGGCCAGCUGGAUCUAUACGAAGACACCCUCCAAUGGACACGGAGAUUUGAUAGGGACCCGCUAACAUCAAUGCGACUACUUGAUACAGAAACAGUCAGCACAAAUGAAGGCCUUGACCUUUUGAGUGCAAUUCCUCGGCAUCAAAAGGGCCAUUCGAUUUCAUUGACGGUAAUUGAACACAACGUUGAGCAUGCGAACCGCAUAAUCAUGAAGUACAUGGAGCUUAUUUCUAUCUAUAUUCGAGAACCUUCUUUUAACCAGUACGAUAUAAAGGAGCUCUUGGGUUUACCAUCGAAAGUAAUCGGUCGGCGCAUGGAGCGGCUAGAUACUCUACAAAAGAAUACUCAACUCUGUGGUCAUUGGAUCGAUGCCUUCGUGUGGGAGCCGACCAUUCGGAUGAUGCUGGAGCUUGAAACCUUGUGGCUUAAGGAGGAGUACCUAGAGGUCAAGUUCAGCAGACCACGGGGCCUACUAUGGGAAAGUGAUGUCCCGAAGAAUCCGAAUGGCCAUGCAUUAAAGUUUCUUGACAACCUCGCAAAGGCACGGGAUGUGUUCUGGGAAGGAUACCGGAUGAAAAUCCAUCCUGCAGUUGCAACACUUGGAAAACCAUGGCCAAAAGGUCUUCCUAUUCAGUGUCUAUUGCCGCGGGUGCCCUCAACUCUUACGACAUCUCUGGAAUUUCUGGAAUCUAGAGCUCAGGCAGUCAUAUUUGCCCCAGGAGAAAUACUGCUAGCCCCUCCGCCAGAUGAUGAGGAAGAAAGAGAAGCCAUAGGCCAAUUUGUUGAUGACUAUAAGUUUGCCUUGCAGAUUUUCAUAUCAGCAGUCCCGAAAGGCAUUGACCGUGACAACAGAAUAUUCAACGCCUGGUCUCAUGCUCUAAAGGAGCUCACUGGCAGCCGAAUGUUCAGAGGCGAAUCGUUGUGGUACUGGAAGAAAGUUUUUGACUCGGUUAGCGGACUCAAGUUGCCUGAUAAAAUAGCAGAGGUGUUCCGAAUUGAAGACAUCGCACUCCCAGAAUGCGAUGACCCAGAGGUUCCAUUAGAGUGGAAUCCGGAUUUGCGUCCUAUGUCACAAUCGUCUGCAUUUACUGUCAAGUACGAGCCACGCAGACUUCCGCUUUCAUGCUUAGAUUGUAUGCUCGAAACCAGCGCGGACAGGAAAAACCAGACCAAAGACACGGCUUAUUUACCAUUUCGUCCUAUUUGGUCCAGCACAGUUGAGGGCCAAUCUAUACCCAGCGUAUUCGACUUUUAUGAACUUAAAAGCUCAAUUCCAGCACGGAUAAAGGAUGCUCUCGCCGUUGCCAUCAUCGCUUCCUUAAACGCCACAUAUGGAUCAAACUCUUCGUUGUUGAUGAAGCCCUUUCCAUCCACGAGUGACGUUCGCUUCCCAGCUCUCUACCUUGACGAUGAAUUCUUGGAGCAUAAAGGAGAGAAGACUAAAAGGGACACCAUUCUGCGGCUACUGGAAAGAGUUUCCGAUAUCGUUCCUACGCAGCUUCUGGAGGGGUUGAUAAAGUCUUUGUUUGCACGAUUAGGAACCGAUAAGGAUAGAGACACAUAUGUACUCCAUGCCGUCGUAACAAUGCUGAAAAUCCUAUCUCGAGGGAAUAAACCACUUGCUGCGUGCAAAUUUAUCAAAGACUUCGUGGUCAACCACGAAGCCGAUAGGUCAUGGAACAGGCAUGUCCUGACCGUUGGUUUCAUGAACCGUUUAUCUCCCAUCGAGGCGAAAGAAUUCAUGGUGGACUUAUCUUCUGCUAUUCUCGCGAAGCUUGAUGGACAAGACGAUGGGGUGAAGCUGAGCAAAAAGGUAAAGGAGACUCUGCUGCCACCACGUGUCAAGGUCACGACAGUCAAAAUGAUAGCUCAACUGCUACGAAAUGCAAAGUUCAUUGACCCGAAUACCACGUGCCAUGUUCUUGCGAGCCUUUUGAUAGCCGCUGCACACGUCGAUAUUCGAAUGGCAGCUUUAAAGAGCUUAUUGAGCAUCCUGUCCGAGACGACCAACGCUGCGCUGCACUCGAACAUCAUCUGUGUUUUGGAAAACCACAUUGUGCCAAUCGCUGCAUCCUUGAAUGGACGUCAUCCACUGACAGAAAUGGAAUGGACCCAGGCUGAAUCGGAAGGCUGUCUCCCCGAGGUAUGUGGAGGUAGGGAUAUGGAAGACCUACCACCAAUUUUAAAGCUACUAGUCUCUUCAAUACCUACGGGCAACGAUGGAGUCAGUCUUCAAAGACAAGAAGUCUGGAUGAAUCGGAUCAUAAACCCAGCCUUGAAACUCAUGAUUGCCGAUCACCGACGAUGGACGGCGCUUUUCUUGUCUCGCAACGGGUUUUCGUUCUCCGUUGAAGAUCUGCCCAGUGUUCCACCACACCCAAGACUACUACCAGACCUUCUCAAGGCUAGUCCUAGAUUCCUGCCCGGAUAUGCGCUUGACUCCAUUAAGAAGCUGAUGAUGAUUAAUAUCAACCCUCCAGAAGGUGUCAAAGUCAUCAACGAUGUUAUCAAUAAUAACACUCGAUUCCUUCAGUCACAAGCCGGGGAACAUUGGAUUUUGAUGUGGGGAGGCACUGACCAUAUUCAAGAUCUCGGCAUUUCUCAGGCUAUUAGCCUCCUACUGAGCGAAGACUUGAAUGCUUCUCGUGACGGGCUUGGUAGUAUUACCGUUGAUGCCUUGAAGGAAUUCGUGACUGAUAUGGCUGAGGUCUAUAUCUCUACGUCUAAUACCACUGAAUUUGAUGAUCUCAUCGGCGUUGUCGGGUUUUCUGGACGUGGCAAAUCGCCAGAAAUUCACGAGGCUUUCAUGCGCAACUGCCUGCCAAUCCUGAAAGACUUGAUCUCACGCAUCGACCAUCUCCGAACUCCUAUUUGGCAGCAUGACCCGAAUCGGAAGCCUACGGAGCUCCCAGACAGUUUCAGCAUCAAGCUCAAGAUACUUGAAGGAUCCCAUUGGAAGCCACAUUGGAAAACGAUGUCGGCAAAUGACUACCGCAUGUUUGCAAGGAGUGUCUCAGAGUUGAUCGAGGAUAUUUCAGUGGAUCAGACCCCUUACCAUCAUAAGUGGAAGGCCCUGAAGCGUAUUGCAAUGCGGCGAUUCCCCAGGACUGAUUUCGUUCCACUGGCUCUGGAGUUCGGCUCCCUGGAGGCUAUUGGGCAGUCAAAUCUUAAUCUCGCAGACCAUCUCCGUGUUGAAUUGGCGGGGGAUCUCUUAGCCGAAGCUGAAGAACCGAUGGAUGCGGAAUCGAGUGCGAAGGCGUUAAAGCUACUUCGUAGUUGGGGGGAUAGUCAUAUUGAGGCUGCUCGAUCCUGGGCUUCUUAUCUGCUGAUGACUCGCAAAAACAACAAAAAGUUCGGACAAUACGACUGGACUACUAAGCCAUAUGGUUACGGUCGGUAUGCUGGGAGUGACAAUGCUGGCUUUUGAAGAUGCGACGCUCUUCCAUUAAUGCUAGGUAGCAAUGGUUAGUUAUAUUCUCGUGGAAGACAUCGUUGAAGGAGAAAGGUCUUGAGUCAUGGUCUACAUACCUACUUCGGGAGGCAUAUGAAAAAGGGGGUGGCGUUUAUAAAAGUUUGCGGAUAAUUUGACAUUGAGUCAUCUUGGUGAUGAAGGAGUACCUAAAACACAUUACCUAGAUACAAUCCAUGCUUAAUGCGAUACACCCGAAAUUGAC